AUGAUCGUUUGUUUUAGUAAUGACAACGCAAAAAGUCAACUUUAUAAAGUCAGGAUAAACCAACGAAAUGCAACUUUACAUGAUUUACGAGGGGAGAUCUUUACCAAGGAAAACUUAAAUGCAUGGAGAGCGGAGCUAUUCAGAGAGGCAAGAAAAGUUAUAAAAAAUAUCACAAUGGAAAAACGUGACUGGAUGAAAAAAUUUGUUUUGAAAACAGACUGAACUGUAAAAGUUUUCAAGAUUAACUAUUAUGAGGAUCUAAGAACCCUUUAACUCUAGACAUGAUUGUUGAAAAUGAAAAAAGAAAAAUCAGAAAACUAAACAACCUGUCUGGAUUUUUGGAUAUCUUUUUUUAGUAUAUUGUGAUCUAACCUCUCGAAUUAGCACCUUGGAGUGUAGGCUUUCGGCCAGAGACGCAAGUAAUUGUGUUGUUUGUUCGGUACUUAUUUUGUAGUGUUGCUUAGUUUUUUUUUUCUUUUUUUCUUUUGCUUUUUCAAUGUGUACUAAGAAAUUCUUAACGCUUACUUUUAGAAGUUUAAGGAAUCAAGAAAAAAAGGUCGAUAUUCUCAUAUUUAA